AUGACCCGCCACCGCGGCGCCCACCGGAAACAAAACACCACCAACCGAGAGGCUCCGAUCCGCCGCGUACCAAGCAGCACCUCCAAGAAGGGAUGCGACACCGACGACGCUGCUGCCCGGACGAGUCCUCGGGUUUCCCCGGGCACGCGGAGGGAGGUGGGGGGUGGAUACCACCGACACCCUCCAGGGAGGAAUGGUGGCACCCGCAGGUGUCACCGCGUCGGGGCCAAAGCCAGCAGGGAUUUCUCCCGCAUUCCAACCCCAACCGCCCAACCGAACGGAACCGACCCGCCAAAACCGUCGCCCAUCACCAUGCGCCAACGCAGUAACGCCGCCACCCACGCCGCCUCGCUACGAACACCACCACGAGGCCAAGAGGACCGGAGAGAAGCUCACCACGACGGGAGCAGCAACAUCGACGCCGAGCGGGAGGGAACCACCUCCACCGCCGUCGUGCGGGAGGCCCGUGCCUCCGGCACCGUCGCGGUAGCCGUCCGGACGCAGCAGCGGGGCAUGCCGGGCCACCCCUGGCCCAGCCAGGCCCGAAGCGGGCCCGUUAAGCCCCGCCGGCCGCAAUGCAGCAGGCCGGCAUCGUCGCCGCCGUCACCCAGCCACGCGUCGCAUCUCCCCCGCCUCCCAGAAGCCACACCGGAGCCAUCCCCGCCGCCGGCCCGCCCAGGCCCAGAUGGGACUCGAAGGGCCCAGAUCUGGGCCGAGCGGACGACGACAGAUCCCGCCACCGCGGCGCCCCGCCGCCAACGGCGGCGCCGCCGCCCAGUUGCUCGCCUACAUGCGCCACGGAGCCCCGCCGCCCCGCCAGACCGCCGCCACCUAGAUGCACCCUCCGGAGCCGCUCCGCCCGUGCCGGAGACCGACCGGGAGGGGAAGGGCCAGGAGGCCGCCGCCACCAGCAGCCCCAGGGCCAAGCCGGCCGCGGGCGCCGGCGACGGCGGCGAGGUGGAAGAAGGGAGGGGGGAGCCUGGAGGGAGGAGGCCCGACGCGCGGCCGGCUUAUCCUUACGAGUUCAGAUCAAUGAGCCUCAAUAUGCCAGUUGUCUGGUUGCACACUCAGCGUGCAUUGUUAAUAGUAUGUGUUUGA